CCACUAUAUAUUUAUAUGGUCACAGUCACACCCCCCUCAAUAUCCCUUCACCGUUUUUCACUCUCGUGUCCUUUUGCAAGAUUCCCACUUCAUCAAACUCUUGAAAGCUCUCCUCGCAUGGCCACACUUCAAAGCUUACUCUUCUUCUCUCUCCUUCUCCUUCUCACAGGAGUGCACGGUUCAUCUGGUGACAGCCACCACCACCGCCACCAUACACACCGCCAGCAUCUGUUCAAUUUUAAGCCGAGCAAGCUUUUUGUUUUUGGAGACUCAUAUGCGGACACGGGCAAUAACAGGAAAUCGAUAGCCAGCUCAUGGAAAGUUCCUUAUGGAAUCACGUUCCCCGGAAAACCUGCCGGACGUUUCUCCGACGGCCGUGUCUUGACUGAUUAUCUUGCUAGGUUUAUUGGGGUGAAGUCUCCAAUCCCAUACAGAUGGAGAAAUUUUGCAGUGAAUCGAUUGAAAUAUGGGAUGAAUUUUGCAUAUGGAGGGACAGGAGUGUUUGAUACAUUGGUUCCAGAGCCAAACAUGACUACCCAGAUUGAUUUCUUGCAGCAACUCAUCAAAGAUAAAGUUUACAACUACUUUGAUCUUCAAUCCUCUGUGGCCCUUGUCUCUGUUUCAGGCAAUGAUUACAAUACUUACAUCGCCACAAAUGGCUCUGCUCAGGGUUUCCCAGCCUUCAUAUCAAAAGUGGUGAAUCAGCUGACAGUGGAUUUGAAACGCAUUCAAGAACUGGGAGUGAAGAGAAUAGCAGUGAGUGGCCUACAACCCUUAGGGUGUCUUCCUCGCAGCACCUUCGGCUCCUCCUUCCGACAAUGCAAUGGAACUGAAAACGACCUCGUCAACUUCCAUAACGUCUUGUUGCAACAAGCGGUCGCUAAGUUGAAUAAGGAGACAAAUAAUUCUCCUAUUAUCAUCCUUGAUCUUUAUACUGCAUUCAUGACCGUUUUCAAGAACAAAGACAAACAUUUAGAAGGUACAAAGUUUGAGAAUCCACUGAAGCCAUGCUGCUUGGGAAUAAGCAAGGAAUAUUCAUGUGGAAGUGUAGAUGAAAAUGGAGCAAAGAAGUAUACAGUUUGUGAUAAUCCAGAAGCUACAUUCUUCUGGGACACAGUGCAUCCUACACAGGAGGGAUGGAGAUCUGUGUAUCUAGCUUUGCAAGCCACUCUUGAACAACUUUAAUUGGACAAUUUGUGUUUUUCUCUUUUGUUUUCUUAAAUGAUCUUUUGUUUUUCUCUAUUA